AUGUCUUCGAUUGGAGCAAGCUACGCACAACUACAAGUCAUGCAGAAGAAGCAGAAGGAGAAGAUGAUGAUGAAGAAGAGAUUGGAGAAGGAGAGAGAUGGCAGCUGCUUAGACGGUGGAGAAGGCCACGGAGUUUCUUCCGCUGCCACUGGAAAGACUGGUAACAGAAUAUUUCCGGUCAAGUCUUCUCCGUCGUCGACUUAUGAAGUAGUAGAACGACAAGAGUGA